AUGGCCUUUGAUCCCAUCCCACCGCCGCGCAAGUUCAGCGGCGGCUGGACUAUCAAGGACGCUCUCGCCAAGACGGGAUUCCACGCCACGACCUCGCCCCUCUCGUUCUUUUCCCUCGCAGGCCGUCUCAACAAGCUGCAACGCCGAGGCUGGAAACGCUUCGGCAUCGAGUCAGUACUUGACCCCUCCCCCUUUGCCCUGCGCCAAGGUCAUCAAGAUGUGCCUCGCGCACGACCUGGCCGAGACGGUCGUGGGCGACAUAACGCCGGAGGACGGCGUCUCGCGCGAGGAGAAGACGCACCGCGAGGAGGCGGCCAUGCACUGGAUGGACGACGCACUGGGGCGACUUUGGCCGCGAGGUCCACCACCUCUGGGAUCGAGUUCGAGGCCGGCCUGACGCCCGAGGGCGAGUUUGCCCAGGACCUCGACAAGCUCGAGAUGAUGCUGCAGGCCCUCGAGUACGAGCGCGACGCCGAGCUCGCCGUUGACCUCGGCGAGUUCUUUGCUGUCGCCGGGCGCAUUCGGACGCCGCGGGCGCAGGCGUGGACGGCUGAGGUUCUGCGCGACAGAGAGCUGCUGUGGGCUGGAAAGGAGCACGUUCGCGGCGAUCUUGGCGUCGAAGGUGGUCUGCUGCAGAAGAAGCAGGAAGAGCAGGAUCUGUACUACAACCAGUGA